AUGAGGGCAAUCAUCCAGCGAGUUACCAAUGCCAGUGUUACAGUUGAUAACGUGUUGGUGAGCACAAUAGGUCAAGGAUUGUGUGUCCUUAUUGGCAUUUCUAGAGAAGACACUCCAAAGGAUAUUGAAUACAUUGUUAGAAAAAUAUUAAAUGUCAGAGUUUUUGAGAAUAAUGAGAAACGAUGGUCCUUGAGUGUUGUGGACAGAAAUUUGGAAAUCCUUUGUGUGAGUCAGUUCACUUUGUAUACAGUUUUGAAAGGCAACAAGUUAGAUUUUCACCAAUCAAUGAAUGCUGAACAGUCAGAAAGUUUUUACAAUCAAUUCAUAAACGAAUUGAAAUUGAAGUACAAACCUAACCUUGUCAAAGAUGGAAAGUUUGGUGCUCUUAUGUCUGUUAACAUUCAGAAUGACGGACCUGUUACAAUAACGUUAGACAGCAAAGCCAAGGUUAAAUUUUUGUGA